GAACUAACAUGAACUUUGCGGACGUGGCCAUUGCCUUCUCUCUGGAGGAGUGGAAGCUCCUGGAUGAGGCUCAGAGACUUCUGUACUGUGAUGUGAUGCUGGAAGUGUUUGCACUGGUCUCAUCUGUCGGUUGUUGGCAUAAAAUGGAAGAUAAGGCAACACAUUCUGAGCAGAGUGUAUCUCUACAAGAAGAGUAUUCUUCUGAGACAGCUCCAGCUACUCAGACGACCCAUCUCUGUAAGAAGUGUUUCUCAGUGUUGAAAGACAUUCUGCACAUGACUGAGUCACAAGCAGCAGACUUUGAGCAGAAAGCCUUCUUCAGUGAUGCAUGUGUGAGAGGCUUCUGUUUCAGUGCAUUCCCUCAUGAGCAACAGAGGGUUUUCGGUGGAGAGAAGUUCUGGAAAGAAGCUAUGGACAGGCCCUCGUUUGUGAACAGGUUCAGCUUGCACUUAACAUGGGUGCCUUCAAUAAGUAGGGAGGUAGGGAAAGUCUUUCCUGCCAUCUCAGAUCUUCCACAGAUCCCAGAAACUCUCAAGACUGAGGAGCCACCCAGGAGCAGUGAGAUUGCACAGGAAUUUCUCAGUGGAAAAUGUCACCAUCAUUGGGGUGAACGUGAAACAGCAGCCGGCAGCAACCAGAAAGUUGUUCAGCAUCAGAGUAUCUGCUCUGGAGAAGUGAAUUUUGAGGGUAACAAAUGUGGAAAAUGUUUUAGAUGUACCAUGAACCUCAAUCAAAAAAGGGAAAUUCACACUGGAGAAAAUCCCUAUGAAUGUACUAAUUGUGGAAAGUUCUUUAGACAAAGCUCUAUCCUCAUUCAACACCACAGAGUUCAUACUGGAGAAAAGCCAUAUGAGUGUACAGAUUGUGGGAAGUCCUUCAGUUGUAACUCAAGCCUCAUUCAGUAUCAGAGAAUUCAUUCUGGAGAAAAGCCAUAUGAGUGUAAUGAUUGUGGGAAAUCUUUUAGGUUCCAUAGUCAACUUCAUACCCAGAAGAGAGUUCAUACUAGAGAAAGGCCAUAUAAAUGUGGUGAUUGUGGGAAGGCUUUCUUUAAUAGGUGUAAUCUCAGAUGCCACCACACAGUUUACACUGGAGACAAGCCUUAUAAAUGUAGUGAAUGUGGAAAGUCCUUCAGUAAAAGAUCUGGCUUAAAUCGGCACCACAAAAUUCACAUUGGAGAGAAGCCAUAUGAAUGUACAGAUUGUGGGAAGUCCUUCACUUAUAGAUCAAGCCUCAUUCGACAUCAGAAAGUACAUUCUAGAGAAAAGUCCUAUGAGUGUAGUCAUUGUGGGAAAUCUUUUAUGUCCAAUAGUCUACUUCAAAACCAUAAGACAGUCCAUACUGGAGAGAAGCUAUAUGAGUGUACAGUAUGUGGGAAGUCCUUCAGGAAUAGCUCUAACCUAGUUCGACAUAAGAAAAUUCACACUGGAGAAAAGCCGUAUGUAUGUAGUGACUGUGGAAAAUCUUUUACACGAAAUGCUCACCUCCUUAAUCACAAGAGAGUUCAUACUGGAGAAAAGCCAUAUGAAUGUACAGAUUGUAGGAAGUCCUUCAGUCGUAACUCAGGCCUCAUUGAACAUCAGAGAAUUCAUUCUGGAGAAAAGCCAUAUGAGUGUAGUGAUUGUGGGAAAUCUUUUAGGUCCAAUAGUCUACUUCAAAACCACAAGACAGUUCAUACUGGAGAGAAGCUAUAUGAGUGUACAAUAUGUGGGAAGUCCUUCAGUCAUAACUCUAACCUAAUUCGACAUAAGAAAAUUCACACUGGAGAAAAGCCGUAUGUAUGUAGUGACUGUGGAAAUUCCUUUAGGCGGAAUGCUCACCUCCUUAGGCACAAGAAAGUUCAUACUAGAGAGAAGUCAUGAUUGUACAGAUUGUAGGAAGUCCUUCAGUCGUAUUUCAAGCCUCAUUGAACAUCAGAGAGUUCAUUCUAGAGCAGGGGUCUGCAACCUUUAAGACAUAAAGAGCCACUUGGACCCGUUUCCAAAGGAAAACAAAACACCUGGGAGCUGCAAAACCAUUGCGACAUUUAAA